CAUUUUAGAAACAUAUAAUUUUUUUUUUACAAGUUGUCACGGAAAACAUUAUCUUUUCUUUUUACAUCUUUGUUCCCUUUACCUCUUCCUUCAUUUCAUCUACUUGUUCUUUAUAACAAAGGGGAAUUAUGCAGGAGAAGACUGAGAUCGAGUCCUACAAUCAUCCUCAGGAUAUUGGCUCGCCCAGAGGAACCACUCCUCAAUAUGAAAACUAUUCAGACUAUGAUGCCAACGAAAAGAACGUUGACGUUUCUGAUGUCGGUGCCAUGGAAGAACAAGUUGGCACCAAGCGUGGCUUGAGCGCUCGUCAUAUUCAAAUGAUUUCGCUUGGUGGAGCUAUUGGUACUGGUUUGUUCUUGAACUCUGGCGGUAAUAUCGCAUCGGCUGGUCCCGCAGGUGCUCUUAUAGCAUACAUCGUUAUUGGCUUCAUGGUGUUCUGUAUCAUGACCUGUCUUGGUGAAAUGGCUACAUACAUGCCAAUCUCUGGAUCGUUCAACUUGUACGCCUCAAAGUUCGUGGAUCCUGCUCUUGGUUUCGCCCUUGGUUGGAACUACUGGUUCUCAUGGGCAGUCACUAUUGCUACUGAAUUGUCAGCCGCAGCUACUAUCAUUGACUACUGGUUCCAGGAUAACCAAGUUGUCCCUGAUGCUGCUUGGUCAGCCAUCUUCUUGGUUCUCAUCUUGGGUAUUAACACCUUUGGUGUCCGUGUCUAUGGUGAAUUGGAAUACUGGUUCGCUAUGAUCAAGAUUCUCUUGGUCAUUGUUUUCUUGAUUGUUGCUCUUCUUGUCACCACUGGUGCCGUUGGUGGUCAUACCAUUGGUUUCUCCUACUGGAAGGACCCUGGUGCGUUCAACAAUGGUGUCUUGGGUACUGUCGGCGUCCUUUUGUCCGCUGGUUUCUCUUUCCAGGGUACCGAAAUUGUCGGUGUCACUGCCGGUGAGGCCAAGAACCCCCACAAGAGUGUUCCUCGUGCUAUCCGCAACGUUUUCUGGCGUAUCCUUAUUUUCUUUGUUUUGACCAUGCUCUUCAUUGGUAUGUGCGUCCCCUACGACUUGCCCGAACUUUCCACCUCCAGUGAUGCCGCUACCGCUUCGUUCACCAUCAUUUUCAACAUUGCUGGUAUCGGAGUCGGUGCUCACAUUGUCAACGCUGUCGUUUUGAGUUCUGUUCUUUCCGCCGCCAACUCUUCCUUGUACACUUGCUCUCGUACCAUGAUGGCACUUGCUAGAGAUGGUAAGGCCCCCGCUAUCUUCUCUCGUACCACUCGUUGGGGUGCUCCCGUCUUUGCCACUCUUGCCUCCUCCAUCAUUGGCUUCGCUUGCGUUUUCGUCAGUCUUUACCGCCCAGAUGAUGCUUUCAUUUGGUUCUUGAGUAUCACUGCCGUUACUGGUUUCAUCAGCUGGACUGGUAUUGCUGCUGCCCAUCUUCGCUUCCGCAAGGCUUACGUUUAUCAAGGCCGUGAUCUCAACGAAUUGCCCUACCGUGCUUUGUGGUUCCCCUUCUCUCCCAUUUUUGCUAUUGUCUUGACGGUCUUGAUUGUUCUUGCUCAAGGUUAUGGCGCCUUCUACCCUCAAUGGGAUGUGACCACUUUCUUCAUUGACUACAUCGGUAUUGCUCCCUUCAUCUUGACUUAUGGAGGUUACAAGAUUUUCCGUCGCUCCAAGGUCAUUCCUUUGGGUGAAGUCGAUCUUGAUACCGGCAGAUAUUUCCCCACUGCUGAAGAUGAGAUCGAUAAUGAGAAUGAUCUCCAUAGACCUUGGUACAAGAAGAUGUUCUCCGCCAUUGUUUAAAGUAGACCGCGCCAACCUACCUUCCUCCAUCUUUUAACUCAUCUAAAACCCCCCAUUUUUAUGCCUAUGUUGGGCUUUCUCCUCGACUUUUCAAUGCCACAUCUUCAACUCUCUGGAGAGAACAAAUGACCAAAAUUAUUUAUUACCUCGAUCGUAUAAGCACUUUCUACCACCCUGCUGUCUUCUACGCCCCUCUUAUUGCUGGUACGCUUUGCCCAUCCCUACCCUAUUUUUUCGUUUUGUAUAUCCUAAGAUGUAUAAUGUGACCCUAUAAAUUUUGAUAUAAUGUAUCAUUAUCCACCAUCAAGUUGCUGAUCUGAAGUAAAGAGCGGCGGAAGUAGCCAUUUUGGUGCGCAGUAGGGCGGGAUUAAUAAUACUGGUAGAGCGCAGCACCAGCUUGACAUAUAAACGUGGGCAA